GCCUAGCCUAGCAGCCUCCUAGCCUAGCCUAGCCGUCUCCUAGCCUAGCUAGCCGUCUCCUGGCCUAGCUGUCUCCUAGCCUAGCCUAGCUAGCCGUCUCCUAGCCUAGCCUAGACGUCUCCUAGCCUAGCCAGUCAGGGCAGCCCUACUGUCACAGCAGAAACUUUUCAUCCCAUCACCUCCAGUGUGUUCAGACCUCACAGUGAAACGACACUCCCAACAAGAUGCCUGCGGUCUCCAAGGGGGACGGGAUGCGAGGCCUUGCCGUGUUCAUCUCGGACAUCAGGAACUGUAAAAGUAAAGAGGCCGAGAUCAAAAGGAUAAAUAAAGAACUGGCGAAUAUCCGUUCUAAAUUUAAAGGAGACAAGGCUCUGGACGGCUACAGCAAAAAGAAGUAUGUGUGUAAGCUGCUCUUCAUCUUCCUCCUGGGACACGACAUCGACUUCGGCCACAUGGAGGCGGUCAACCUGCUCAGCUCCAACAAGUACACCGAGAAGCAGAUUGGCUACCUGUUCAUCUCCGUGCUGGUCAACUCCAACAGCGACCUGAUCCGCCUCAUCAACAACGGCAUCAAGAACGACCUGGCCAGCCGGAACCCCACGCACAUGAACCUGUCCCUGCACUGCAUCGCCAACGUGGGGAGCCGCGAGAUGGCCGAGGCCUUCGCUGCCGACAUCCCCCGCAUUCUGGUGGCCGGGGACACCAUGGACAGCGUGAAGCAGAGUGCAGCGCUGUGUCUGCUGCGUCUCAACCGGACCUCCCCGGACCUGGUCCCCAUGGGGGAGUGGACCGCCCGCGUGGUGCACCUGCUCAACGACCAGCACCUGGGGGUGGUGACGUCAGCCACCAGCCUCAUCACCACUCUGGCCCAGAAGAGUCCAGACGACUUCAAGACCUCCGUGUCCCUGGCCAUCGCCCGCCUCAGCAGGAUCGUGACGUCGGCCUCCAUCGACCUCCAGGACUACACCUACUACUUUGUGGCGGCGCCUUGGCUGUCCGUGAAGCUGCUGCGCCUGCUGCAGUGCUACCCUCCCCCUGAGGACGGCGCGCUGCGGGGACGCCUCACAGAGUGCCUGGAGACCAUCCUGAACAAGGCCCAGGAGCCGCCCAAGUCCAAGAAGGUGCAACACUCCAACGCCAAGAAUGCUGUUCUGUUUGAGGCCAUCGCCCUCAUCAUCCACCACGACAGUGAGCCCACUCUGCUGGUUCGGGCCUGUAACCAGCUGGGCCAGUUCCUGCAGCACCGCGAGACCAACCUGCGCUACCUGGCACUGGAGAGCAUGUGCACCCUGGCCAGCUCCGAGUUCUCCCACGAGGCCGUCAAGACCCACAUCGAGACCGUCAUCAACGCUCUGAAGACAGAGCGAGACGUGAGUGUGAGGCAGCGGGCGGUGGACCUCCUCUAUGCCAUGUGCGACCGCAGCAACGCCAAGCAGAUCGUGGCCGAGAUGCUGAGCUACCUGGAGACCGCCGACUACUCCAUCAGAGAGGAGAUUGUGCUGAAGGUGGCGGUGCUGGCGGAGAAGUACGCGGUGGACUACACCUGGUACGUGGACACCAUCCUGAACCUGAUCCGCGUGGCGGGCGACCAGGUCAGCGAGGAGGUGUGGUACCGCGUCAUCCAGAUCGUCAUCAACCGCGACGACGUGCAGGGCUACGCCGCCAAGACCGUCUUCGAGGCGCUCCAGGCCCCGGCGUGUCACGAGAACCUGGUGAAGGUGGGAGGCUACAUCCUGGGGGAGUUUGGCAACCUCAUCGCCGGUGACUCACGCUCCAGUCCGCUGGUCCAGUUCAAGCUCCUCCACUCCAAGUUCCACCUGUGCUCGGUGCCCACGCGGGCCCUGCUGCUGUCGGCCUACAUCAAGUUCAUCAACCUGUUCCCCGAGGUGAAGGCCACCAUCCAGGAGGUGCUGCGCUCCGACAGCCAGCUGCGCAACGCCGACGUGGAGCUGCAGCAGCGCGCCGUGGAGUACCUCCGGCUCAGCACCAUCGCCAGCACCGACAUACUGGCCACGGUGCUGGAGGAGAUGCCCCCCUUCCCCGAGAGGGAGUCGUCCAUCCUGGCCAAGCUGAAGAGGAGGAAGGGCCCGGGGAACCAGCCCGGCGCAGAGGAGGCGCGGCAGGAGAGGGAGAGGGAGAGGGAGAGGGAGAGGGAGCGCAGCCUGAACGGGAGCGCUGAGCACAGGGAGGGCGGGGCCGCCGCCGCCGCCAAGUCAUCUCCAUCGGUGGACGUUCUCUCUGUGGCCGCCCUGCCCACCAACAGGCCCCGCCCCGUCUCCUCCGUCUCCCUCAUGCAGACUCCUUUCCUUGCGUCCUGCGCUGCUCCUAGCAGCCUCUCCGCUGGACCCAUGACCUCCCUCUACCCCUCGGCCGACCUGCUUGGUCCCACGGGCCCGCCCCCUUCUACGGGAGGCAGCCUAUUGGUGGAUGUGUUCUCUGACAGCCUCCAGGCUGGCCCCGCCCCCCUGGACCUGGCCCCUCCCAACACGGCCGUGUCAGAGGACAACUUCUCACGGUUCAUCUGCAAGAACAACGGGGUUCUCUUUGAGAACCAGCUGCUGCAGAUCGGACUGAAGUCUGAGUACAGACAGAACCUGGGGCGCAUUUAUGUGUUCUUUGGCAACAAGACGUCCACCCAGUUCCUAGACUUCAGCUCCACGGUCAACUGCCCGGACCUCCUCAAGACCAAGCUCAACGUCCACACCAAGCCCGCUGACCCCACCAUCGACGCCGGCGCUCAGCUGCAGCAGAUCCUUAACAUCGAGUGUCUGGAGGACUUCACCCCCGCCCCGGUGCUGGACAUCCAGUUCAGGUACGGAGGCACCCUGCAGAACUUCGGUGUGAAGCUCCCGGUGAUGCUCAACAAGUUCUUCCAGCCCACGGAGAUGGAGGCACAGGACUUCUUCCAGCGCUGGAAGCAGCUGGGAGCGCCGCAGCAGGAGGUGCAGAAGAUCUUCAAAGCGAAACACCCGAUGGACACGGAGGUCACCAAAGCCAAGAUCAUGGGGUUUGGCACCGCUCUGCUGGACGGCGUGGACCCAAACCCCACCAACUUCGUGGGGGCCGGCGUGAUCCACACCAAGAACACCCAAGUGGGCUGUCUGCUCCGACUGGAGCCCAACACACAGGCCCAGAUGUACCGUCUCACUCUGCGCACCAGCAGAGACACCGUGUCCCAGAGGCUCAGCGACCUGCUGUCUGAACAGUUUUAAUCUCACCCCUUCACACACACACACACACACACACACACACACACACACACACACACACACACACACACACACACACACACACACACACACACACACACACACACCCCUCCCCCUCAUGUUACACAAUACUUUUUGUCUCUGCGUCUCACUUGGAUUAGAUUGGAACUGAUGUACAGUGUAAAUUCUUUUUUUUAUAUAUUUUACUUAUUAUAAAUGUAUAUGAAAUGUUUAUCUUUUUUGUUUCUUAACAAACCCCUCUACUAACUUCACUGCUUCUGUCUGUCAUGGACUGUGAUUGGUUGUUCUCGGCGUGUGCCUGGUGAGGCGAUGACGUUACUACAUCCCCCCUGGUGCCGUAGCGCUGACACUACUCUCAGGCUCCUCUCUUAACGUGGUUGAAUAACGACUGUAAACUAAAGUCCUGUUUGCAUACUUAUCAUCUCUCAAGACCUGUAAUGUCCUCAGUGUCACUUUGCACGGCCGUGGUUUGACGUUGCUGAUCAGUGAGAGAACGUGGUACUGAGAACCAGCAUCAGGACUACAGUAGCCAUCCCCCAAACCCCAACCCACACACCACUGCCUGGCCACAUGGUGCCUUCAGAGAUGGCUGUUUGUAGAGUGAAUGCCAACUUUGUACGAUUGUUGCCAAAUAUAGCUGAUUGUCACUUUUAAUGUGUGUUGUGUGUUUUACUUUGCUCACAAACACAAUCCAUACUUGGUCUCAUUCUUAGUACUUGAUGUCAAUAUUGCAAAAUGUGUCGCAAUGACUUAUUUAUCCAUUAGGAGGUGCAAUUUGCUUUAUAUUAGGUCUGUUAUCUGGUGCCCUGAAACAAAUGAUGAAAAAGUAUUGCACAUUUCAUUCUAUAAUAACAUUUAUUUUAGCUCAAAUACUCACACAAAAGGCCUGUCCUUCCCAGUAAAGUGUCGGACAAUCUACCCAGGAGAGAAUAAUGAAAAACGAGUCCGAUGCAACGUUUAAUUGAAGCAGUUUUAAUAAAUAUGUGUAGUUCGAGGUUAGCAUAAUAGAUAAUUAUAUUGAUAUAAAGUGAAUUUACAUGGCUAUACAGUGAACAUAUUAUGGUCUCAUGCUAAACAAGAAAACAGUUUUCAGACAGAAGAGGCGAUGUGUGGGACAGCUAAUCAAACAUCAGCGCAUAGUCCGUCAAACAGUAGAUUCAACUCCAGACCUUCAGAGAGCUGGGGACAUGAGUAUAUAUGGAAAGAUCAUGGCUCAGCCCCAGCUCUCGGUGCUACAGAUAGACUAACAUCUAAGCACCAAGCUGUGGAGAUAUGAAGAUAGCGAUCAUCCAGGAUGAACCAUCACACUGUCUUAGUCACAUCUGCAUUUUCAGCUGCAGCAGUUUACUGGUUCAACCCGCUGAUGACAUUAGUAUUCCACAGAGAACCACACUGUACAUCAGGCUGAUCUACACCAACGUGAACCCAAGUUCAGGCCUAUUCUGUCCUAAAGAAGAAACUCUUAAAUUGCAUACUGGAUAAGUGAUGGAUUAAUAUGGUUAACAUUAGAACGCCCCUAAGAGCUAAAGGCAGCUUUACUUUAUCUAGUGUCAUAAAGAAAAUCAAGUUGAAAUCCUCAAACCAGAUGGUUUAUUAAAAACUAGUAUGGAUAAAACCAAAAAUAACUGUCAUUUGACAACCAAACUUCCUUCCAACGAGUGCAAUAUUAAUUGGUAUGAAGUAUAGACAAGUUUAUUUCCAAUCAAAUGCUAAAUAUAUUCACAGUAAUACAAGAAUAACAAAAGUCCCGCAAAAUAAAGAAAACUAAGGCCUGCUAACACCGAAAAGAGUCCUGUCUCACACGGGACCCCAUACAGUCCCACCCUGGACCUCCACAGGCCCCCCCACGCGCUUACCAUGUGAGCUGCGUCGUUAGCCUCUACGUGUGUGUGCGUAUGUGUGUGUGUGUGUGUGUGUGUGUCUGGGUGGGGGGCAGGUCUAGGUAGCAAAGCCUGACAGAACAGUGUCUCGUGGUUCCCCCAGACCGGGCCGCAACCCUCCCCCCGUCUCAGAUCCCCCCCCGCGGUGUCCUGUUCAGAGUUCAGAGCGCCACUGCUCCAGUUGUGUGUCGGUCCGUCCCGCUC